AGAGAAAGAGGAACGUUUUGGGGACGGCCAUAAGACCCGAACGGCAUUAAACAAUCGCGCGUACCAUUGCACGGGUAAUGGCGGAUUAUAUAUAAAGCAGAACUUACCGCUCACAGCAACACAUUCGGAUCUGUGCCUCUUCCUACUGUGGAGUGUGUCAUCCCGUACAAGUGCUCUCGGUGCUCGUGCUGCGAGGUUGGUGCUAGACAGUUGACAACUCGUGCAGUGUUUGCCUUCCGUUGCAUGUGCAAGUGCAACAUAGUACCGGAUCUGUGAUACAUAUUUGUUGGUUUUUUUCAUCAGUGUGUUUUUUAGUGAUUUAUUCGUUCUUUAUCAUGAAAUUUAUAUUGCUGACGACGCUGGUGGCGGCGUGUUCGUGCGCCCGUCUGGACAACAACUACCUGCCACCGCCGGGAGCGGCUUCUGCUGGGGGUGGUCCAGGCCUGACGGCACCAUCACCGGGCGGAGGUCCCCGUCCGGGCGGUGCACCUGGAGGUCCAGGUGGUGCGGGAGGUUUCGGUGGCCCCGGUACGGCACCGGGUGGUGGAGGCUUUGGAGGUGGCGCACCGUCCGGAGCUGGAUUUGGUGGAGCAGGACCCACUGCGGGAGGUUUCGGUGGUCAGGCACCUCGACCGGGUGGAGUUGGAGGUGGUCCAGCGGCAGGUCGUCCAGGAACACCUGCUCCCGCGUACGGUCCUCCCUCCAGUGGAUUCGGAGGCGGUGCUCCAUCCUCUUUUGGCAGCGGUGCUGGAGCUCCCUCUGGUGGCUUCUCGUCUGGCGGAAGUGGAUUCGGCGGAGGAUCUCCAGGUGCUGCACCAGCCGGUCCAAGUCAACCACCGAUCGAGAUUAUCUCCUACGAGAACAUGAACAAUGGCGAUGGAACUUACAAAUAUAGCUACGAAACGGCCAACGGUAUUAAGGUUCAGGAGCAGGGUGAGAUCAAGAACAAGGGUUCCGAAAACGAGAUCCCAAGCGUACAGGGUUCCUACUCGUACACCGCACCUGAUGGACAGGUCAUCACAGUGACGUACAUUGCGGAUGAGAAUGGAUUCCAGCCGCAAGGUGAUCACCUCCCAACACCACCACCAAUUCCGGAAGAGAUCCAGAAGGGACUUGACGCGAUCGCUGCAGCCCAGGCUGCCGGUGGUGCUGUUGGCGGUCCUGGAGGUCCUGGUAGUGGGGCAGGCUAUCCGGGAGCUGCUGGCAAACCUUCCCAAGGCUAUCCGGGCUCGGUAACCGGAUCGGGUGGAUAUCCUUCCGGUGCUGGUGCACCAGGCGCUACCGGCCCUGGUGGUCGUCCAGGUCAGGGAGGUUAUCCGAGUGGACCGGCUGGUGGAUCUGCUGGCUAUCCUGCCGCAGGUGGUCCUGCCGCUCCCGGUGGUUCCGCUGGCUAUCCUUCCGGUGGUCCAGGAGCACCCGCUGCCCCGCGUCCGAGCGCACCCGGAAGACCAUCCGGUAAUGGGUCGUUUAAUCCACAGUCCGGUUACCAGUAUUAAAAUGCCACCAUUACCACAUUAAGGCCGCAACACAUCACAUGCAUUUAAGCAGAAAAGAAACAUAAAAAAACACAGGAAACAAAUGGAAUGAAAAAAAGGUUCACUCGCUGUAAAUAAGGUGAAAUGGUGAACGGUUGUAAUAAAAAGUAAAAACAAAAAAAAAAUUGCCCCGAAUACGUUUCUGAUGUAAGCUUGCAACAGUAUGAAUGGAUGUAGUUGCGGGCGGAGAACUGGUUUGAACUUGAUCUUGAACUGAGCUAGCACGGAAGAUGAAGGUCGGUGGGGUGUAAAGUGCAAAUGCGAUCUUUCUCGUGGAGAUGUGAAUGAACAGAAAAAGCUCGGACGAUGAAUUCGAAGUCGACAUUGGAGUGUCGACAUAAAAGCUCACACAAUCAACUGGCAAA